GGUGAAGAUGGCUACAAAAAGGGCAGGAAAGAGCCCUUCACCGUGCGCGCGCCCUAAUCAGUUCUCGCGCGUAAAUGAUCCCGCGAAGCACUAAAGAUUGACCCACCCAGCCGCGAGGCGAGGCUUUUAUUCUGACCAAUCAGAAGACGCCCUCGUUCUGGUCACAUAUAAAAGGUGCCGCCACACCUCCCGAGCGAAAGGUGGGAUUGUGGCGGUGCUGUUCACGUGGGACGGUGGCUAAUGGCUGGCGCUCUGCAGACCCAGGUACCAUCUCAGAUGUGGAGUGAAAAAAUAAACCGGGCUAAUAAAGCUGCCCUUCUGACUUGGGUGAGAGAGACUGGAAUCCAGUUAGUGCAGAUCAACGGACAGAGAAAAUACGGUGGUCCUCCACCAGGUUGGGCUGGCUGUGCCCCACCAUCCGGUUCAGAGGUUUUUAUAGGGAAGAUCCCACAGGAUAUCUAUGAGGAUAAACUUAUUCCUCUCUUCCAAAGCAUUGGGAGGCUUUAUGAAUUUCGUCUCAUGAUGACGUUUAGUGGGCUUAACCGUGGCUUUGCCUAUGCUAAAUACAUGAACCGCCGACAUGUCCAGGAGGCCAUUGCUUUGUUCAACAACUUUGAAAUCCAGUCUGGCUCCCCCAUUCUGGUUUGUAGAAGCACCGACAAGUGUGAGCUUUACAUUGAUGGUCUGGCACCCUUGCUGAAAGAGUGCCAUCUUCUGCCAAUGCUGCAGGAACUCACCCCAGGACUCCUAAACAUCUCCUUACAUCCCAGCCCUUUCAGGAAGCAGAGGCAGCUGGCAGAGGCGAAAUACAUUUCCCAUCAGGCUGCUGCAGUAGCCAAGAAAAACCUUGUGGAAGGUAGCUUGUGUCUCUGUGGAGAUCAAAUUGAAGUGGAUUGGCUGAAACCUAUUAUAAAACAGGAGCUUCAUAAUGUCUCAGUGCCAGGUGAUCCAGGGAUCCUCCCAUCCAGCUGUAAUUAUAGAGGUGUCCUUUGUCAAGUGUCUUCUGGGCCUGUGGACUGCCAUAUGUUACCAGCAAAGGGCAGCGUAUUGGACUACUUAAAACUGCAGUGUGAGCAGCAUCAGCUGGGCCCCCCUGUAUUCUUUACAAAAUGUGUGCAGAGGAAUCCUGAAGGGCACCUGCAGUUCUGGUAUCAGGUGGCUAUACCAAAAUAUCCAUCUCCCUUCAGUGGGUUCAUUUGGAUCAAGCCUGACCCCUCUGGCUUGGAAGACCAUGAAAAGGCCAAGAAUGCCGUGGCCCUGCGGCUGCUUGAAGUCCUAGGGUGCCCGGUGGUGUAACCAGAGAAUCAUUCUUCGAAGUAACGAAGCUUGCGUGUCCUGCUCCUGUUCUUGCUCUUUGAGCUGACUUCACUGAGCCAAUUCAUGUAGAAGAUGGGUGCUGGAUCUCUCUUGUUUUGUUUCUGUGGAUUUUUUGAGAAUCUUUUCUGUUCUGGUUAUGUUUUAAUGUUGGAUAGGUAGAUUAGAAUUUUAGAUGCACUAAAUUAUUUAGUAGAGUUAUUUUGGGAGUAGCCUGUGCAGUUUUGGAAAGAAGAUACAAGCUGUUGGUUACUGGACCACACAAUGUGGGUCUGUUGUCUGUAUACAAUUUAACAUCCAGCUGUGACCUUCAGUUUCCUUCAAGAUUGUGGGCUAUUUUCUUAUGUUCAAGUAUUGUCCUUUGUAUUUUACUAUUUGAGUAUGUUUUUGUUUCUGACAAAACAAAAAUUUGAAUUUACAAACAAAAAUUUGAAUUUAUGUUGCAGCCAGAAGCCUUAUGAAAAGGGCAUCUUGGAGACACCAUAGCACCAAGUGUUAGAAGUUCUUGCUGGGUAGAAAAAAACCCUCCUUUUUCUAUGAAAGGAAGAAUGUCUCUGUAGUACUUAAUCUUUCCAAUGUUGGAAGCCAUAUUACACUGUACAGGGAGGCAUUGUUCUUGAAUACUUUGAUACUUGGAAAUGCAACACUGAAAGCAGGUGCUGCAUUAACAGAGGAAGUUUAUUCCCCAUGAAAAAUAGCAAAGGAGUGGCUGAGGAUUUCAGGAAAAAGAUGUAUGUCCUUUACUACUCUGUAUGCUUCAAUGCUGAAUUUGGUAUGUAGGGCAUAUCCAUAUUAAAGAAGUUUUUAAAUAAAUAAUGCUGUAUAGUACCUUUCUGAAAUAUUAAGAACUUGCUUUAUGGACUACAACUAAUACAGGUUUCAUGGUGAAAUUUUAUGCUUGGAUAUCAUUCUGUGUUGCUUGCUUUCUACACAAUUACUGUCUUCCAGCUACAGCUGGACAGUAUCUAUGGAAAACUUUUUAAAAAGUUUACUGUCAUUGGCUGUAUUAAAGAGUAGGCAUCACUUUCCUGUGGCUUAAUAGUUCUAUGCAUGAGAACUAGGAUAAUUUACUCAACACUGCUUUGACACAGCAUUCCCACAUAGUUUCAAAUUAUUUAUAGUACUUUUAUGCCACCCAAUUCAAUUAUGAUAUGGUUUAUAUAAGAUACAUAAAAAGAUCAAAAUACAGAUAAUACAAAACAAUGGAGGUUGCUCAUACAGUUAACCAUCCUGAUAAAUGCUGAAUAUUUGCACAAACAUGUUUUUCCCAAUUUGCAGGAAACUAGAAGCAAAGGUGUUAGCAACACUCUGGGGCAACAUUCUAUAGGACUGCUGCUAUAGAGGUCUGCUUUCAGGCCCCCAUGCUCUGAAUCUCAUAGGGGUGGGAGACUCUGCAUCCCUGUCACUAAGUGAAAUAUUGACUUAUGAUUUUACUUCUAUCUUCUCUAUUAACUCUGCUUGUUACAAGCCAGUUGCAAAGAGUGCCCAAAUGGCGAUCGUGCGACUAUGGGACACUGUGACAGUUGUAAAUGCAUGCCAGUUGCGAAGUGCCCAAAUGGGAAUUACAUGACCAUGGG